UUUUAAAAAUGUAAAAAAGACAAAAUAGAUAUAAAGGUAAUCUAUGCACGUUCAAAUUCAAAGUUAGGAAAUCCUCAACUGGGCCAAUCUUAUUUAAGUGCUUUAGCCUAAUCGCUUUUGGUGGGUAGCAACUGGCAACUUUGAAUCACAUUUCAAAGUCAAAUUCAUGGCUGUUUCUGUUCUCCAUUUUGAACUAUAAUAAUCUUAGAUGGGGUCGCUGCAUUUGGCUCCAUAUGUAAAUGAUAAGCACUGACGGAUAGCAGGCCGAAGAAGACUUGCAAAUUGAAUUUUAUGGUAUGGCCUUUCUCGUAUCUGUAUGAAAGUUUUCUAAAGUUGUAAGCUAAAUCCUCAGCAACUAAAGCAUGUUAACUUUUCGAAAUCCAUGUCUUGUUCUCUUCCAUGUUGUUUUGCUUUUUUUACUUCCAUUGAAGAUCACAUGCUCAGCAAGAGCACAAGCGGAGGCACUCGUCCAAUGGAAGAACAGCUUGUCUUUUUCGCCAUCUUCUCUCAAUUCUUGGUCACUGUCCAACCUCAACAACCUCUGUAACUGGACUUCCAUUAACUGCGAUGGCAGUGGAACAGUCUCCGAAAUCAACCUAUCCAAUGCAAACCUGUCUGGUUCCAUCGCUCAAUUCAACUUAACUCCAUUUGCCAAUCUCACCCGCUUUGACCUCAAGAAUAACAGUAUUGACGGCCCGAUACCGUCCGCAGUUGGUACUCUAGCCAAGCUGCUUGUCUUGGAUUUGAGCAACAAUUCUUUUCAAGGCAACAUACCGCCGGAGAUUGGUCGUCUAAUAGAGCUUAAAUAUCUGAGUCUAUUCAACAACAAUCUUAGCGGUAGCAUUCCUCCUCAAGUUAGCAAUCUCCAAAAUGUAAGGUACCUCGACCUUGGAUUCAACUACUUUGUUUCUUCUGACUCCUCCGAUUUCUUGGCCAUGCCCUUGUUGACACACCUCAGCUUAGCUUUUAAUGAACUUGAAUUGGAUAUCCCUCAAUUUGUACUCAACUGCCACAAUCUUACCUUCCUAGACUUGUCACUGAAUAGGUUGAUUGGUCCAAUACCAGAAUCAUUGUUCACCAAUCUGAGCAAGCUUGAGUAUCUCAAUCUCACUUACAAUUCCUUUGAAGGACCACUAUCCUCGAACAUUUCCAAGCUUUCCAAACUCAUAGAUCUUCGACUGGCAACCAAUCAGUUAAAUGGUUCAAUUCCUGAGAGUCUAGGAACCAUGUCUGAUCUUGAAACAAUUGAAUUGCUCCAAAAUUUGUUUCAAGGGAAUAUUCCAUCUUCUUUAGGCCAACUAAGAAAUCUCAAGAAACUUGAUCUCCGCUCGAAUGGCUUAAAUUCUACAAUCCCACCCGAGCUUGGUUUCUGUACUAACCUCACCUUUUUGGCCUUAGCUGGGAAUCAACUGAGCGGGGAGCUGCCUUUGUCCUUGUCACAACUCACAAAGAUAACUGAUUUGGGUUUAUCUGAAAAUUCUUUUAUCGGUGAGAUCCCACCGUCUCUCAUUUCUAAUUGGACCAACUUGAUCUCUUUGCAACUUCAAGACAAUUCUUUCUCGGGGAAGAUUCCACCAGAAAUAGGCCUAUUGACAAACCUCCAAUUCCUCUUUCUCUAUAAAAAUAGCCUUUCUGGAUCAAUUCCUUCAGAUGUUGGAAACUUGAAUUCCCUGAAAAGUUUAGACCUUUCUGAUAAUCAGCUUUCGGGUCCAAUUCCUCCAACUAUAUGGAGUCUUUCAAAUCUUGAAGGUUUACAGCUUUUCUACAACAAUCUUAGUGGCACAAUUCCACCAGAGGUUGGAAAUAUGACAUCCUUGCAAUCUCUUGAUGUCAACACAAACUUCUUGCAUGGGGAAUUGCCGGACACGAUUUCUAGCCUCACUAACCUAUUGGCAUUCUCCGUGUUCACCAAUAAUUUCUCUGGUAGCAUUCCUCGGGAUUUUGGGAAGAACAGUCCUGGGUUGUCUUAUGUGAGCUUUUCCAACAACAGCUUCUCUGGAGAAUUACCGCCUGAAUUGUGCAGUAGUUUUGCUCUUGAAAAUUUCACGGUAAAUGGAAACAACUUCACAGGGACAUUGCCAGCUUGCUUGAGGAACUGUGAAGGGUUAAAAAGAGUCCGGUUAGAUGGGAACAAAUUUACGGGUAACAUCACCAAUGCAUUUGGAGUUCAUCCUCAUCUUGACUAUAUUUCUCUUAGUGACAAUCAAUUCACUGGUGAAAUCUCGCCAGAGUGGGGAGAAUGCCAAAAUCUCACCAAUCUACAAAUGGACAGAAACAGAAUUUCUGGUGGAAUUCCAGCUGAGCUUGGAAAGUUGAGUCAGUUGCGUCUUCUAAACCUGGGGGCCAAUGAGUUGACAGGAGAUAUUCCUUUGGAGCUGGGAAAUUUGAGCAUGUUGUUCAAUCUAAAUUUGAGCCAGAAUCAUCUCACAGGUGACAUUCCUCAGAUUGUCGUCCGCAGCUUAGUGAAUUUAGAUUACCUUGAUCUAUCAGGGAACAAAUUGACAGGAGAAAUACCAAAAGAACUUGAGAAUUGUGAAAAAUUAUUGAGCUUGAGCUUGAGUCACAACAAUUUAUCUGGUGCAAUUCCAGGUGAGCUAGGUAGCUUAUCAGUUUUGCAGUACUUACUGGAUCUCAGCAGCAAUUCACUCUCAGGCUCAAUCCCCUCAGACCUAGGGAAGCUUGACUCAUUGGAGAAUCUAAACGUUUCACAUAACGAUCUGUCAGGCACAAUCCCGACUUCAUUGUCCUCCAUGAUUAGUCUUCGUGUAUAUGAUUUCUCCUACAAUGAGUUAACAGGCCCGAUUCCAAGUACUGGUGUAUUCCAAAAUGCUUCUGGAAAUGCUUUUGUUGGAAACUCAGGUUUGUGUGGAGAUGCUGAAGGAUUAACUCCUUGCCCUUCAACUCCCACAAAGAGCAAAUCCAAUAACAAGACGGUUCUUAUCGCUAUCAUUGUUCCAGUCUGUGGCAUAUUAAUUAUAGUAGCAAUUGUUGCUGGAGUGUUUAUAUAUUGCCGGCAAAGCAAGAUGCUUGAUGAAGAAACUAAAGUUGGUAAAAAGACUAAUGUUUCUGAGUCGACCAUUUGGGAAAGAGAAGGAAAAUUUACAUUUGGUGACAUUGAAAAAGCCACAGAAGGCUUUAAUGAUAAGUACUGCAUUGGAAAAGGAGGAUUUGGAAGUGUUUACAGAGCAGUAUUGCCCUCAGGUCAAGUAGUUGCAGUUAAAAAACUGAAUUUGUCAGAUUCCAGCGAUACUCAAGUAACAAACAGCAGGAGUUUUGAGAAUGAGAUUCAUAUGUUAACAGAAGUUAGGCAUCGGAAUAUCAUAAAGUUGUAUGGAUACUGUUCAAAAGGAGGUGGCAUAUACUUGGUUUAUGAGUAUUUGGAAAGAGGUAGUUUGGGAAGUGUAUUGUAUGGAGCACAACAAGGAGUGGAGCUAGGAUGGGCUACAAGGGUGAAAAUUGUGCAAGGAUUGGCUCAUGCAAUUGCGUACUUGCAUUAUGAUUGCUCUCCACCGAUUAUACACCGAGACAUAUCUUUGAAUAACAUUCUGCUUGAGGAAGAAUAUGAACCCAGGCUCUCAGACUUUGGUAUUGCAAGGUUGUUGAAUCCAAAUUCAUCCAACUGGACAACGGUUGCUGGGUCUUAUGGGUACAUGGCACCAGAGCUUGCAUUCACAAUGAGAGUCACAACUGAAUGCGAUAUUUACAGCUUUGGAGUGGUGGCAUUAGAGAUCAUGAUGGGAAAGCACCCAGGGGAGCUCUUGAAUUCCCUGUCAUCAGUAACAUUGUUAUCAAACAACAAAGAAUUGCUUCUGAAGGAUCUGCUAGACCAACGGCUUCCACCUCCUACUGACCAAAUGGCAGAGGAAGUUGUAUUUGUUUUCACGGUAGGCUUAGCUUGCAUACAUUCCGUGCCGGAGUCACGGCCCACCAUGCGUUUUGUGGCACAAGAAUUAUCAGCAAGAACACAGGCUUGCUUGGAUGAGCCACUGGGAACUAUAACCAUUAGCAAGUUAACUCGCUUUCAAAAAUAGAUUAAGACAGAAACAAUAGGCAGGUUUCAAUCUAGGGAGCAAAGACUUCAGGUCAUUUAGCAGCCAGUUUUUACUACAUUUGUGUUACUUAUAAAGCAGAUAUGUUUGUGCCUUGUAUCAUAUUUUGCAUGUGUUACAGAGUGUAUGUAUUGUAUUCUUGUCCAUAUACCAAUAAGAAUAUUACAUUUCAAGGGUUCAAAAGGUUAUUGUCUGCCGAACAGUCCUGGAGUGAAUCCUGGCUAGGUUCCAUUCUUUUGGCCAAAAAAGUUUGGCGCCUCAAUGGGACCAAUUUUCACGGGCUGUACUUUUUCUCCAUGCUCCAACUCCCAAUCACCAAAUUGCAAAACCAAUAUUCAGCAUUUUUGUACAAAAACCAUUUUGUUUUCUAAUGCAGAAACUUCAGUCUUUGUAGCUUUUUUUUAAUGCGGAUUAAAGAAUAUACGGUGGGAAAAGAGUCAGAAUCACAUUUAUUACAAUUUUUUUUCUCUGGUCAGAAAUUGGCUUUUGACCUCAGCGGAAUCGUUGGCUGCAAUAU